AUGGCCAUCAUUUCACAACAAGACGAAAAAGAACUCAAAGAAGCCUUCUCUCUACUGGACAUCAACGGAGAUGGUCUAGUCUCCGAAAAGGAAAUGGAAGGCCUCCUGAAAGCCAUGGGAGCAAAAGACAACGUAAAAUCACUCAUCACGGAAGCAAAGAAAACCAAUUUGACAGGAAAAGACGGAAUUGAUUUGCAAGGAUUUAUGAAUGUGGUCAACAAAUUAAUUCGUGAUGACAGCAAAGUGGAAGAUGUGAUUGAAGCCAUGCGUGUGUUUGAUUCGAAAAAUUCAUUCCGAGUUGAUGCAAAGGAAUUUAAAGAUCAAUUACAACAAGCUGCAGGGUUAUCGGAUGAGGAUUGGGAGGAGUUGAUGAAAGAGGCCAAUGUUGAUUCCGAUGGAACUUUUGAUUAUCGUGAAUUUGCUUCUAAAUUGUGCUCGAGACAAUAA